UGUUGUUGUACCUAAGCCCAUAAAGACAUGACCUAACGUUGGCUGGUCUGGGUUGCUGAAAAGGUUAAUUACAGGUAUAGACUGUCUGGCGGCUGUGACAGGUAUAAACACACAGGGCAUGAGGUAAGGCCUCCAGUGGAUCAGGUUGGGCCGAGGAGGAUAUGCCUCCUUUUGCACGCAAAGUCCUUUUAUUCAGCUUGUUCAAUCUCCCGAGAACAUCUCUCCAGAACCCCUCAUUGUCCGACUAAAGAUCUCAUCCUUAGAUUUCUUGGUUAACGCCUUUGCGUCAGUAUACGACGCAUAACAUUUAUAGAAAAGAAAAUAAUGCGUUACACCCGUGAGUAUUGAUAUCUAAUAGGUAACCAGUAACUGUAAUAAUUCUAUAACAGUCUUCAUAAAUAUGGGAAAUAUUUGCAAUGAAGUACAUUUUUACAGAUGGAAUUUUAUUUUCAUACUAUAAAACGAUUAGAUUUCAAUGAACUUGAACAAAGGUUCUUUCAGACGAUUACUUUUAAGAUAUGCCAAACAGAAAGACCAUGAAUCUGCUGAACCUAGCCGCGACCUUUCCUGAUCCCUGGUGCAAAAUUUACCUCGUUCCGGACCCUUAAUCAUCUUAACGUUUAUACUACUCAUCUUUGAAGCGUUACCAUGGUGACGAAAACCCAAGGGCAUUGCCAUGGCAACCUGUGAUAUGUCAGACGAUGUCUGUAGAGGCUAUGUUCCGUUGUCCCUUGCCGCCGGGUGUUUACCAAAGCCCAAAGGACGGACUGCCGACGGCCUAUAUAUAACGUCAGCUGGUCUUCACCUCUCCUUUCUCCUUGCUUAGCCUGUAGUGUAAAAUCGCGCGACCACAGGUCAGACGGAGUCUGGAAGGGUCGUCGUUGGGGUUUCGCCUCGGGCUGUUAGCGAUCAUUUUAGGAACAGUGGCACUACUUACACCUAAUAGGCCCGGUAGGGCACAGCAGGCGGUUUGGAGAGGUGAGGGUGGAGAGGAGGUGCGAUGUGUGAUCUAUCACCUGUGUGCGACACCUGAGGUACGAUCGCCAUGAGCACGCCACACCUGGCCUGGCCUGUGGUCUGCGUCCUGCUCCUCAUCGCCGGAGUGUCUCCGACGGCACAGGAGGAACUCUACAGCCUUGGCCACAUCGAGGACAACCGGUGCGUCUGUACAUUCGUCGCGCCGUACGAUCAACCCGACAGCCCGACCAAAACUGCCCGGGAGGCGCCCUCCAACUGCCCGUCCCUGGACGCGUCCGAACUCCAGCGUCUGAAAGAUGACGUCGUGCUUAUCCACAGACACCAACUGGCAAAUCGCGAGCAACUUAACGCACAGAGCACCGGCCUGUUCAACCUGACGACACGGAUGCACACGUUCGAGGAAUCGCUCCGUAAACAUGCCAGGAAGCAGGUAGCACAGGACAGUAACAUGGGAGGGUUUCAGAAGGAAACGAGGAAACUGAGGCGGCUGAUCACCAAGCAGAGGCAGGCCCUGAGCGGCAUGCGCUCCCGGGUCGACUCCCUGACAAACGACCUGGAACACAUGAGAGAAGUGAACGAGCAGCUGCUGCUGGAACUACAGGUCCAGGCCGAGAAGAACGAGAUGCAGCGCCGCAGACUGGAGGACCUGCGUGUCAAGCACGGGGCCACGGAGACACAGAUUCAGGAGUUCCUCUGGAUCGUCACCACGGUGCUCAAGACUGUACCCCGUCCGGAUCGGGAACAACUCGGAGAAACUGGCGGCAACGAGGGCGACCCGAGCCGUGCCGAACCGCCCGAUCACAGACCCGGGCCCCCGUCGGAGACUGCCGAAGAGAACACCGACGGCUCGGCCGAAGGGAGCCAUGUUGGUGUCGACGUUGAGGAAUUCGAUGACUUGUACGACGACCUGUACAUAACGCCUAAACCGAGGCGAAGGCGGUUCCAAAAGGCAAAGCCAAUCAUAUAAUCACACUAAUCCCAGGUAUAUCCUUCAUUUCCUUAUAAACUGUUCUGUAAAUAACUUGCAUGUGAUUGUCGGCCGUGUCAGACGACAGCCAACUUCGCCUCACAAACAUUAAGUCAUGAGACAACAAAGACAGAACCAUUGCCUAUUAAUUAUACUCUAUUUGUACAUUCACACCACGGAAAAUAGCCAGGAAAUCGGCCGAAACUGCCCGGUAAUUAAGUAGCCAUUCAACGCGGUAAGACCCUGUGGCUAGUCCCUCAGUGGGUUGAGAUUAAUUAUUUCUGUCAUGAGAAGAAAAAGGGACAAAUCCCAAUAUGUAUACAACAAGAAUGUAAGUAUAGACUAGGCGUAUAAGUGCUCUUCGAAUUCAUACGUUCAGAAGUUGUGACAACUGCCGUGCAGUAGUUCAAAAUCGCGCCAUAAAGUGUUCAAACCUCUUUUCAUAGUGGAAAACAAAAUGGCCGCCUUCUUGUAUGAGAAGAAAUCGUUUGCAAAAUUGUGCACAUGAACAAUCGCUGUGCCUAUCAUUGCUCUGUGACCGAAGCCGAGAUAGUGAGAUAACCAGGGCAUGUAACACCUUCCACAUCGCCGGAUAUCGUUGUAUGCUAAGUAGAUUGCAAAAUAGCUUUCGCGAGACCUUUGAUCUAUUGUGAUAUUAUUCUACACCAUAUUGCCCUUGUCUUUUGUACAUACUUCUGCCAUGUCUAGCGAAAUCGACCUCUCGUGGGUUAUAAUUGUUCACGCAACGACCUAAGUUAAUCGACGGCAGUGCUCUCCAUAUAUGGUCGAUAGAGCGGAGGAGCAAGUUAAACCCUUGCCUACGGGCUCUUGAAGCAUUGUCUUCUCAAGCUUUGUAAGUCACCUUAAUGCCAACCUCUUGCACCCGUCUCACUACAUAAACCUCUUAAUGGCAA